GAGAAAAAGGUUAGAAGAGGAGAGAAGAAGACAAGAAGAACAAAAAAGAAAAGAAGAGGAGAGAAAGAAAGAGGAGUUGAGUCAAAGAAUAUCAGAAUCAAAGGAACGAGCCAAAGAGCAGUAUGAGAAUCAACAGAGAAGCAGACAAGAGCAGCAGUCCAAGCAUAAUGUUCUGAUUGGGCAGUUGGAUGAAUUUGAAGCUGAUUAUACGUCUUAUGGGGGAAAAGAUGAGCUUCUAGAAAUCCUCUCCCUGAAAUGUAACAUAGAAGCUUCUGAUCUCACUCUCACUGCUCCAAAAGCUGAUCUGCUGGGUAAGAUCCUCUCAGCUCUAGACACACUCCUGUUUGAUGAAUGGAUAAAUGAUCCUCCAUCCAGCAGCACCCUGCAGCACGCUCAGGUAUACAUCACAGAGCUGUGUGCGCUGUCUGUGGAAAUACCAGAAGAGGUUUCUCGAGAAAAUCUCUCUAAUCAUGUGCAGUCCUUAGUUGGGUCCUUUAGCCAAUCAGCAUGUAACAUUUCUGAGAGUCUUGAGUUGACCCAAGCCUUGUAUCUUACUCUGAUGCACUACAUCGGUGACCAGGACAAAUCUGAUGCUGAUGCAGUCAUUAUAGCAAAGAAAUGGGCCAAGGAAGAGCUCACUAUUGAGCAGCUUUUUCCUGUUGAGUUCCUGAGCAUCCUUAUUUCAUCAAUGCAUGGUACAGUUGGCAAAGCCUCUAUAUUUAUCUUAAAAAUGGAAAUUCAAUGUCUGAAACUUCUAAUGUCGACUCUUGUCAAUCUGAAUGGUAAAGAGAGCCACUCCGCAUCAACUGAGAUGAUCCUUGAACUUGUAGAAAUAGACCAAUGGACACCAAUGGAGGCAGUGAAUCUGCUCAAAGCACUCUCAUUAAAAUGCACUGAAGAUGUUUCAGUAGCAAAAGUCCUAAAGUUGGUCGAGGUUUAUGACAUAUCACCAAGCUGGACGGAUGAUGCUGGACACUCUCUUAUUCAGGCUCUUGACAAUGCUAAUUCAGAAAGUUUCUAUCAGGAUUUCCAUAAGAUUCUCAAAAAGAGGGAUGAAAGCAGUCUAGACGCAGCUCUAGCAAACAUAAAAAUGUCACAGAAGUUGGAUGACUCCAGGAUUAAUGAGAUAAAAGCAGUAAUCACUGGUGUUUUCCAGUUUUCAGAAAAUGCUCCCAAGGGACCUAUAAAUUUUGAAACUUUUGAUACAAAGAACUUACAGAACUGUCUGUCUCAGCUCUGCAAAGCAGUUUUUGAUGCAAAGAGUUGGUGGCCCACAGUGAAGCACAUGGUGCAGUGGUGUGUGCUGGUGCUAWCCGGGAAGACAAACAUACCACAACUGRUUUCUUCUGAAGAUCCAUGUGUCAUUGCCCUGUUUGCUGCAGCACAGUUUUAUAUGGGGAACAAAAUGGACAUUAUGCUAAACUCUGACAAUGACACUGAAACUCAAGUUAAGGAAUGGUCUGAUUUCUACAAGAACCUUGGAAUAUCUGUCAGAACAAAUAUCAGGAAACAAACUGACACAUCUUUUAUGACAAUCUAUGAAGUUGAUGUCAUCUAUGGUACACUUCAAGACUUUUUGUCUGACUACUUCAUGUACUGGAAAGAGGUCAUUGAGACCCAGAUUCCUCAUCUCAUACGAGGCUUUAUCAUUGAAGAAGAAUGUCUUCUGGCAUCACAAACUCCUGAUCUGCCAAGGCUCAAGGAUAGUGAAUCCCUUGCUUGUUCCGCAAACGCCCUGCAAAACCUUAUGGGAAGAWUACAAUCAGAAAACAUGGAAGACAGAGAGAGGUUCAUCAAGGCCAUUUUUCAAGCUCUACAGUCAAAUUUAAAAGAAAGUCCAAGUACUGAAGCAAAAAUUKUAAAAAUCCUUAAGAAGAUUAGCGGAAAAGAAAUUCUCCCUAAAGACAUGUUCUGUCUGACAUUUCUUGAGAAUCUCCUCAAAGUGGUUACCAGUGAAAAUGAAGGUGGAAAAAGUAUGACAUCCACUGCUGAAACAUGGUGCUUUGAGAACAUUUUGGCAUCUUCAGAGCAAAUUAGAGCCUCAAGUAAAGAAACCACUGAAGUCUUUCAAAUGGUUUCAAAUCUUGGAGACAAACAUCUUUGGUCACCACAGGAACUCUUAAACCUUCUUGGAGCUUUAAUCAAUCACCAUCAUGGUCAGGGAUGUAUUUCAAUCAUGAAAAUUUUACAUUUGAUGGAAACAUAUAGGGUGUCWUCCAAGUGGRCAGAUGAGAAAAAACAAGCUGCYRUUAGUUUACUAGAGUCAUGUAAAACAGAAGAUCUGAUCCAGCAUUUAGGGAAAAGCCUUGGAAAUGAAGAAAUAAAAAACAUUGGCUCCCUUAUUGAUGAGAUAAGACAGAUGGAAGACAUUGAUGAAGAAACACUGAACAAAUCACAGAAGAUAGUUGCUCAUGUGAUGGAACUCAUCGAAAAAGAAGAAAUCAAAAAACAUAUUGACAUAAAAAAGGCUAAACAACUCAGCCACAGCACAGAAAUAGCUGAUCUUCAGGAGGUCUUGGCAGUGUUAUGCAAUGCUGUUAAUGUUGACAAGAAGUAUUUUCCCAGAGCCACUCAGAUGAUAAGCUGGUGCCUCUUGGCCUUGUCCAACACUGGGAAACUCCUGGAAAUGGGAACUGGGGAAGGAAAGUCUUGUGUCAUAGCAAUGUUUGCGGCACUCCGUGUGUUUAGGGGUGAAAAAGUAGAUGUGGUGUCCAGUUCUUCGGUUUUGUGUCAAAGAGAUGCGGCAGAAUGGGAAAACUUCUACAAGUACUUUGGCAUUACUGUUGACACAAACACAAAUAAAAYUGAUGACAGCAGUAGAAAGGAAUGCUACAAAAAAGACAUUAUCUAUGGAACUAUUGAAACCUUCGCUGCAGAUCAUCUUCGUCAGAUAUUUGAGAUGAAAGAUGUGAGGCCUGAUCGCAGCUAUGAGUGCAUCAUCAUUGAUGAAGUGGAUUCUCUGCUGUUGGAUCAAGGAGUGCAGCUCACCUAUCUGUCCAGCCCCCUGGUCUCMAUGGAGCACCUGAAUACUAUUCUAGCAAUGAUCUGGGGACACGUCCAACAGUAUGGCUUCCUGACAUCAGAACACCAGACAUUUGUCCAAGGUCCACCUGCUUCAUUCUUCCGGGCCAUCUUUGACUCAAUAAACACAGAAGAAAGUGAAAUUAAUGAUCCGCUGGACAUUUUACAUAUUGCAGAAGAAACCAACACUGUACCACAGGGAUUUACAGAKGACAUCCAUAAGGGAGACAAGAACGAAGAUAUCCUUAAAAAGCUGAAAAUUGUGAGUCAAGAYGCAGUGAUACAUUUUUUUGAAGAAAUGGAGGAGUAUGUCCCCUACGGUUUUACAGUUUAUACAUUAAAUGAUGAAGGACUGCUUUGUCCAAGAAAACUCAGUCCUUACAACACAAAUCAAAUACCAGACCUAAAGUUUCUUGUCUUGGGUGAAGGAUUGUGUUGUCCUCUCUACGACUCAGAAGAAGUCCUCAUCAAGCCCAUUGCAGAGUUAAUCUCAGACAAGAUUCAGUACACUCCCUGCACAGACAAUACAGACAAAAUCAGCAUUCCUGGAUUCUUGAGGAAUCUCAUUGAGACCAAAAUGUCUUUGUGGGUGGAGAAUGCCUUUCUGGCAAAGCAGUUGAAGGAAGGACGGGACUAUGUCGUUGAAAAUGAGAAUAUCUGUCCAGUAGACUUCAGAUCCACUGGUAUCAUUGAAAUGAAUAAGAAAUGGGGUGAUGGUCUGCAACAGUUUGUGGAGAUUAAGCAUCAAGUCAAACUGAGCACAAUUUCAGCAGUGACAAACUACAUUUCUAACAUUGCCUUCUUCCAAAAGUACCAUGGCAAAAUAUAUGGGACCACAGGAACACUUGGUACUGAAAAGGACAUUCUGUUUUUGCAGGAUUUAUAUCCAAGCCUGUCUGCAUGCAGAAUGCCAACAUUCAACAGGAAGAAACUAUAUGAGGUYAAAGGAACUCUGAAAAAAACUUCUAAAGAGUGGAAGUCAGAAAUAAAAGGAGUURUAAUGUCUCAGAUUUCCUCAAAUUCAUACAGAGAGGGAAGAGCUGCCCUGGUGAUUUGUGAAACUAUCAACAAAGCCAAAGAGAUCUAUGAAGAACUGAAAAGCAGCAUUAAAGGUGAAAUCAUCCUCUACAGUCGCAGUGAUAAAGAAAGUUUGAGCAAAAUAGACAAGGAGCUGGAGCCUGGGGAUGUUAUUGUUGCCACAAAUCUUGCUGGUCGUGGCACGGACAUUAAAGUGUCCAAAAAGGUGAACAAUAAUGGAGGAUUAUUUGUUAUCCUCUCCUUCCUCUCUGAAAACACCAGAGUAGAACUCCAGGCYUUUGGUCGAACAGCACGCAAAGGGAAACCUGGAUCUGCUCAGAUCAUCGCAUGYACUGAACACCUGCAGCAUGACUUCAGGUCAGCAACGUCUCUUGAGGAAGCCAAGAGCACGAGGGACAGACUUGCAGCAGAAAAAAUAAGUUCYAUGAUGAAUGACGUUUCUGAGAUGAAUUUGCGUGAGGAGCUGUUUUCUGAGUACUGUGAAACUCUUCACGAUAUUUACAAGAAAACAGAUGGAGAUGAUAGAAAAGUCAUUGUUGCCAUCAUGAAUGAGUUCUGGGGGAUCUGGCUGCAAAUUAAGUCAGAAGACAUCGAGCACCGGAAGAAAAGUGAACUUCAACAAAGUYUAAAGAAGGAUUUGUCUGUAGCAAGAGAACAGUCUUCAUCUCAAACUUCUCCAUGUUCAAGCAUUUAUCACUACAUYAAUUUUGGAAACAUUUCUUUGGAUGAUAAAAAAUGGGAAAAUAGUGCCAGGCUGUUUGAUAAAGCUAUGAAUCAAGAUAAAAGUUGGGCAGCCAUCGCUUUUUACAGUCACGCAUACUGCACUAUUAAACUGUCAAAGGGAGACUAUCUGACUCAAGCCAAAGAAGAUCUACAAAARGCGCAAGAGUCCCUCAAGUAUCUGAGUGAAGAAUGCAUUGUCUGUUUGCAGUUCAUUAAAAUGGCCACUGUGGACUCAGCCAAAGGUGAACCAUCCAACCUUGAAAAACAGAUAACAUCCAAGUGCAGCAUGUACAGGUUCUUUGAUAAAAACAUCACUGAGGCCAUCCAAAAGAUUGAUGAAAUCAAAGAAAGGGGGAGAGAUGCAAUAGCCAAAAAAUCCCCUGUUUUCUCCUUGGUGUCAGACGCCGAUGAAGCUCUCCAGUUAGAAGCUGAUAACCUCUACAGACGCGGUCUAAAAUAUGUAUUUUCUGUUGAGGAGAAGCCUCGUUUCUGCUGGGAGGGUCUGGUGAUUUUCUUGCUUGGAGUUUUGCAGAUUGUUGCUGGAGCACUGCUCACUGUAUUUACAGUCGGUACCUUGGCUCAAAUCGGAAUGGGUCUCAUUACAGAAGGAAUAUCUGACUGCAUAGAAGGURUUACAGCCAUGGUGACAGGAGAGUUCAGCUGGAAAGAAUGGGCUAUCGGAAAAGCYAUUUCCAUUGGUGUUUCUAUCAUAUCAUUUGGAGUUGGAAAACUAAUUUCGAAGGGAUUCAAGGCUGCCAAAGCUGCGUUCAAAGCCAUAGGUAAAAAACUGAAGUCAUUGCCAAAGUUUCUCUCCAAACAGRCAAAACAGAGUUUAAGCACCGUCACAAAGACAAACAUGAAAAAUGCUUUAAAACAUACAGUAAAAACGAUUGCUGAGGAAACAYUGUUCUAUGGACUUGAGAAAGCAGAAGAAAAAGUACUUGACGAAAUAUUAAAAGGCAUCAAAAAUGAGGUGUCAAAGGGAAUUGUUAAAGAUGUGAAAACCAACCUGGAAAAAGAACCCCUGGCUACCUURGUGGAUAAUGUUGUACUGUUAGAUCUUCUAUAUAAAGAUCAACUGCGUCUGGUCCUGGAAGACAAAGACAGAAAGAAAGAYCUCCUUUCCAUUUACAAACAGUUGGGGGAUUCUGCACUGCAGCCAUUAUAUGCAGACCUUAGUUGGCAGAACAAGCUUAAUUCAUCAAUYAUCAAAGUGCUUGACAGCGCAACAGAAGGCACAAAAGGAAAAACACGUGCCAUUUUGACAGGUAUUCAAGUUACCCACCAUGUUAUUCUUGCAGGAGAUGCCAUCGGUGAAGUACUCACCCUCUCCAGCAAGUUUUUCUCAAACUUUGAGAAAGAACUAAAUACUUUUAUCAAAGAAAAACCUUUGAAAGUGAAGCGAAAUGAGCUAACUUUCUCAGAAACAGACAUGCUGAAACUAUUCAAGCAAGACUUGGCCGAAACCCUCAGCACUUUACUAGCUGAUGCCUUAGUAGAGGUGUUUAACCAGAAGUUUUUCAGUCACCUUGUUUCUCGUGCACAGAACGAAGCACAUGAMGCCAUCAGACGACAUGUCAAAUCUGGCUUAAAGAGUGAGAGGACAGAGGAAAAGCUUAAAGCUGGACAACUCAACAACUACAUAGUAAAUAUGCCAGUAAAUCCAAAUGCMAAACUUUCAGCUAAUGCUGGUCGACUCGCAAAAUCACAUGCUGAAAAAAUCAAGGACAACAAAGCUGCUGGUACUAUUCUAGAUAUCAGAGUCCUGUCUGAAGCCACUGGUACCAGAGUGGUUAUUCUUUCAGAAAACAAACAAGGAAAACUCACCAAAAUGCAGGAAGUUAGUCCAAGCACCAAAUCUGCCAGUGAAACAGUGACUUUGAUCUACAGACCAAAGAGCACCCAAAACCCUGAUGGUCAUUAUGAUGUGUUCAUUGACAAUAAGGCAGUGAGCAUAGACAGCAAACAAAAGAGUUCGCUGUUCCAUGCUAUGGCAAGAGGCAUGAAACCAAAAGCCAGUGAUUCAGAGAUUGCUUCUGAGGCAAACCGCCUCAGAUCUGUGGAGGCCAACAUGCUCCUCAAACAACCAGGGCAAUGGGAACCUUUUAUGAAGCGCAAAGAGUUGACCGAAACAAUCAGAGGAGGAGACUGGUACAUGGCAGAGGCCGGUAGACCAGAAAGAAUUAUAAAGGAAAACAAAACCCUGCUGCAGAAAAUAACUGGAAAGAUUGAACAAUACAAAGGAUACUUGAAAAAACCAGCAAUUCAAGCAGUAGAAAAAACCGUCAAUGCAAAUCAGCAGCCUUCAAACAGUACCAUAGUGGAAGCUACCAAACUGAACCAGAAGAGCAAAUUGGCUGUGGCAAUGUUGCAAGCGAGAAAAUAUCUGUCUGGCUCAGAUACCAGCAAAACCUCUGGUGUGGAGAAACAAGAAGGCCUGAAGCUGMCAACUGAUCGCAACCUUAAAGAUGUAGUUGAUGAUAUWUCUUCACCAGAGCCAAAAGCUUUAAARUCAUGCUUAGCUACCAUGAUAAGCAAAGAUGAUGUUGUUGGAACCUUUAAACUGAUGACGUUCAGUGCMAUGCUCAGAUGCCAGCUGACUGACACCAAGAAUGUUCAAAACAAGAAGAGCAAAACCCGGGUUGCCAUGUUUGAGAAGAGUUUUCAAGAAAACAGCACCCAGAUGGUGCAGAAAUGGUACAGCSUGCUUCAAGACAAGGGUGUCAUGACAAAUGAYCAUCAAACAAMAAUCAUACAAUGGAUCAAGACCCAGGGCUACAAGGAUAGAAAUGAUCCAYAYAGGAAACAGGUGUCCAGYGUCCUGUCAUGAAGAGUGAAAACUCUGGAUGAUGCUGGUUAACGAGAAGAAUCGAAACUACACAUAACUUCCAUCUGCCUGGUCAUCAAAGAGAGACUUCGAUUAUUGACAAUAUUAUACUGUCAAACAAAUUCUACACACAAAUUUGGGUUAUUUUUAAUUCAAAUCUGUUGCAGAUGUCCCUUUUAUUCGAUUUAAACAAUAGUAUAGUUUUUUAAAUAUUUUGGAUUUUCAUCAAGUUUCUCUUAGUUUCUUUCUUAGGAUGUUAGAUUAAGUCAAGCGAAACAAUUUGGCUGUAAUAUUACUCGAGCUAAAUAAUUUACUUUUGGACAUUUUCUGAAGUUAAUUGUGAAAUUUCCUUUUUGCCUACUACAGAUUUGUUCCCAUAGAGUAAAAAGUAAAAAUGUAUUUGAUUUUACUCACUUUUAUUGUUUUAUUUUGUUAUGACUUUAUACAACUGAAUUUUAGCAACUAUUGAAAUUUAACAAAAUCUGAUUGUGAAAAUGGCAACAAUAAAAAGAAAAGCCAUGAUGCUUAGAUAAAGUAAUUMUUUCUUGAAGUGUUUUAAUAGUUUUGUUUUAUGUGCUGAAACUCUGGUUUUGGGGUGUUCAAAACAGAAUCACAUUCAAAAUACAGGAAUGAAUAGAUUCUUUGUUGUAAAUCUUGACUAAAACAACAGAUACAAAAUGUAGGUAAAUUCAAGUAGCCAUUACUGAUUAUUAUCUUGAAAAUGGUGAAAAUUUUUAUUUCUUGCUUGAUUCUAUAUAUUUUCUAAUAAAAAAUAUACAAUUACUGGGGGAAAAAGUUAUGUUAGAGACUACAUACAAUAUGUUAUUGCUAUGCAACAUGUGUARCAUUUUUGUGUUUUAUUCCAUUUUAGUAAAGUUUUUAGUCAUGUGGGGCUAUUGGUAAGUUUAUUACUUAUUUUUGGGGUGUCAAAUUAACUAGAUGGGUGGCAGCGGAUUUUGCAUGUCUAAUAUCCUAAAGUUUCAGUAUCCUUACAAUAGAUUGCAUAUCCAUUUAUUUUCUUUUUUAUCUAAACAUCUGCUUCAAAUAUUCUGAUUUAUUUUUUGACCAGUUUACAGAAUGUUUUGGGUGUUUUGUUUAUGAUGAUGGUAUAAUAACAUUAAAUCACUGAUUAUAUUUCAGUCUGGUACUAUAAUGGACAUAUAUUUUCAUUUCUAUUAUUGUUUCAUUAUGAGAUUUUUAAAACUUGCUUUUACUGAAUUUAAGAAAUCAUUUAGUACAUUUAGGAUAAACAAAAAAAUAGUUACGGAUAUUAUUCUUUGUGGACCAUAAUUUACACAUUUAAUAAAUAAUUAACAUUGAUAAAAGGAUUUUAAAGGCUCUACGAAAGAAGCCAAGAGUUGUGUAUCUUACCUAGUAAAGUCACAUGUGAACCUCUUCUUUCUGCAUUUUUUUUUUCGGUCUUUCAAAAUGUGGUACUAAUCAAGUGAUAAAGCUGUUCAAUGUUUUCCUUGAAUUAAUGACAGUAAUCUUGGAAAAACAAGGGAGGUUGUUUGCAUCUUGGUGGAUAGAAACAAGAUCUAAAAGGAAUUUGUAUUCAGGUUUGAUAUUAUCUUUUCAAUGUUAAUUUCUGACUGGUUUGUGUGGUAUAAUAAAGGUUGUAUCCUUGAAACUGGCAA